UUGAUAUAGGUUUUUAUCAAAGAAACCUAUCAUUGACAUUUUCGAAACGUAGAAUCAACACAAAGUUAAGUACACAAGCAAACGAGUAAAUCAUGCCGAAUAAAGACGCAGAUGAGGAUGAGAAAACGCAGAGGAGGGCCAGCUAUGCGAGUCUGCUGAUGACCACCUCGUCCAUCCAGCUGCAGCGCGGAGAAAAAAGUCCCGAAAGUCCUGCCAGCGAGAAAGAUGAGAAAGACGAACCACCCCAGAAGGAGCGUGCCGGAAGUCCCAGGAGCAAGGAUGGAGGUGACCAGAACCAGAACCAGAACAGCUUGCUCUCCAACGACUUCGUCCUGAUGCUCGACUGCUCGCCGAGUCUCGAGGAGACCUUCUGCGAGAACUCGCCCGAGUUCGGGGUGGCCUGGUUGUGGUUCGACAAGCUGACCACCACGCGCUGCUCCACGCUCAACGACCUGCGCAUGCGCAACGCCUACAUGAGCCACUUCAUCGUCUGCCUGAACCAGAGGCGCCUGUCCGGCGUCUUCGAGCAGCCUCCGCCGAAAGAGGAGCUGACCUGGGUGAACUUCCUGGAGAACAAUUCCACCCAGCAGUCCACGACUGCUGGUAACCUGCUCCAGCGAUCCUGCGACCACAACCAGUCCGCUCGAGCAGCGCCCACCUCCACCUCCUCCUGCUGCUGCAGCGGACAACGCACCACCUCCGAGUACUGGGGCUCCCUCCCGGAAAACCGCUCUCCGGGCGGAACCAGCGCACUCGAUUCCAAGUCGCCAGCUCCGCGGAGGCGACACCUCCUCCGACAAGUGCCCACCACCAGCGAGGAGGAGGUGCGUCAGCUGUACCGGAACAACCGGACCAACGCCCGCUUCCAGCUCUCCUCCGCCUCCGGCCAGUCCACCAACCGCUCCCUGUCCCCGUCGGCUCCCAAGUUCCCGCCCAGGAGGAACGCCUUCCGCUGCUCCGACUGCCAGAGGAUCCCGCAGGAAGCCCGCCAGCGGAUGCUCGACCUGAUGGAUCUCAUCAGGAAGGAGCUGCGGGAACCGGAUGCGAAAAAGGCAGACGUCUUGGAGGCGGAGGUGCAGAGGUACCGCCAGUUCUUCGAGCAGCACAUGCAGGACAACUCCGACUUCGGAUCCCACUUGAGCGUGGACUCGAACUCGGAGCGCAUCCGCCUGCUGCUCAACAUGCAAACGGAUCUGAUCAGGAUGCUCAAGGAGGAUAUCUAAUUCCUAGGGAACGAAAUGAAACAACAAAAUUAGAUUGUGCUCUAAAUACAAAUUAUGAAUAAAUGUAGAUCCCUUUUUACUAUUGUACCUUCCAUUCUA